CUGAACUAGGAAGAGAUACUGUGAAUGGUAUCUGAACAACACCAUGCAGAUAUUUCUGGACCCGCUGUUAUGAUGCACAGAUCUCUAUUGCAAUGAGUCUCACUGACACCGCCAUUGCUUUCUGCACGCGAUCUGCCACCGUCCAGACCGAUCGCGUCUCACCAUCGCUCUUUGAAAGUAAACGCGUUCGCCCUCAGAUAUCGUCUGACUCGACAGUGUCUACUCUCGAAGACAGUCAACAGCCUCUUGUUGAAUUUCGACAGAUUCAUAGCGUUCUAUCACGCAAGAAGCAACGGCUGGACUGCGAUGCGUAUACUACUCAACACACCUCGUCCUCAACUUCGCUUCAUUCGCGUCAAGCAGAUCUUUGGGGCACCUCAAACGACGCAUCUUCGUCGCAAAGCAAAGACCAGAUAAUUAUCCACUCCCAACAGACCUUUCUGUGUACUUCUUCGAGGCAGAGAAAUGAGCGUUUAGCAGUCGCCUCUACGAAUUUUCAAGCUGCGCAGCGGCAUUUCCUCCACCGUGCGACUGUCGACAUCGUCGUGCACGCGAACCCGGCUCUCAAAGGAUCAGAUAAGGCCGAGAGCACGGAUGUUGAAGGUAUUGCUACAGCCUCGGGAAAGAGUACAGAGUCUACUAUUGAGGACAUUGCAGUUCCUUCAUUUAUAGGCGCGGAGUCUACUGCGGCUGUACCUCGAAAAUCAGAAAGCAGGGAUCACUCGUCGAACGCGUCCAAUACUGUCCCCAAAUUUGUUCCAGACUCGGUAGAGGUCACCACUGAUGCUCCAGGAGUCUUAAAGUGCAACAUAAUUACACUCUUAGAGAGUUCUCCGCCUUUUUCCGGAGCAGGUCGCGCAGUUUUAGAUCAGACGCGCAGGUCUGAAAAGACAGAGUCUGCAUCUACCGAAGCUGAUCUCCAGUCAUCCAUCAAUGUCGCGAACAGUCUCAAGUUUUGCACACCACCUCCUAAGUCUUCGGCUUUGAGAAACCGCAAAAUUCCUCGUCCUGGGUCGUUGAUCUCCCUCCCGGCUCCUCCCACAAGUGCCGAGACCCUUCUGCACGAGUACCCAAGUCAGUCGUCUACAUACUCUUCUCCGGAUAGGUUCCCAGAACGGUAUCCAGUGUUCAACGCGACUUUGACGCUGUAUGAUCUUCUAGGCCCGUUGUCGAGCAAGGAAGCUUACCAUGUGGGUUUUGUUGACAGAUCGUCGACCGCUGUCGCAGAAGAGCCUGAAAGCGAGGUAGACGACGACGGUGCUGAAGCUGGAGAGUUUGCUGCUACCUCUUUACGCGCCGACCAUGAACGAAGGAGAAGUGAAAAGGACGGGAAAAUCCAAAUCGCUCGUCGCGGAAAGCUCACUGAUGGUAUCCUGACAAACACGUUGGAAAAGCAGCUAAAGAUGGCAUUCAGAAAAUCAAACUACUACGCCCCGUGCGCGACAUGUGUCCGUACCAAGCGAAUGAUGAAAGACACAGAGCUCGCUCGCAUCUCGUCAGAUGAGAAUCUAGACGCGGAAUGGCCGCCUCAGCCUUGUGAGCGAGGCUAUUGGCGAAUCGACGUCUCGCCCUGGAACGCAGACGAGAAACUCCGCUUCUGGAACGGCGUCACGAAAGUGAUCAAGACCGGGCGUAUCGGAUGGGUGCGCAUGGUGGUUGACGAUAGUAACUGUCGCUCAGAUGGGGACGUUGUGCGGUUUUAUUGCUUUGGGAAGGUGGUUGUGCAUAUCUGGGUGUUGUUGCUGAUUAUGAGCGAUAGAAGGCUGACGAGGACUGAUGUCUCAUGGGUUGAUAGUAUGGGGAGGACGGUGAUUAAGAUGAAGCGCAUUUGAUAUUGGGCGUGGGCGUUUAACGGGACUGAUGAUGAGUUUACGAGGCUUAUGUUGAUCCACGA